AUGAAACGUGCCGCAAAGGAGAUUCCUGGGGGGGGGCGGGAGAGGAAGUUCCCUGGCAGCUGGGGGGUGGUGCGAGGAUCCCAGCGCUCAGCCUGUGUUCAGUGCUGUGUCUGGGAACAGGCCCGGGGGCGGUGGGCAGUGGGCAAAGGGUCAGGGUCUCCCUCUUUCCCAGUCCCACUAACUCCCCUGCCAGCUUUCUUGCUCCCCGCGGUACCCCCAGCUGUGCUGAACCCUGCCCCGUCUGUGUCCUACCCCUCCUGGCUUCCCCCUCUGGAGCACCCCAGAGCUGGGGUCUGCCCCCUGCCCUGCCAUGGGGGCGCUCCCCCCCCCCCCCACACACACACAUUUCCGCGGCUGGGCUCCGCCCUGAGAACACGCAGCACUUGGGAGGGAAGUGAAAGUGAAAGGAGCUGUGAGUGAAGCAGGGACAUGGUGGCUUCUGGGCUUGUCCCUUCUCUCCAGUCCUGAGGUUUUGGCCUGAGCUGAGCCAAGGGGCCUCGUUCCCCUUCGGCAGAGUCUCCCAAAGGGCUGGAGGGGUGAGUAGGAUGCCAGGUUCGGCUCUCUGCUGGGCCAGAUCUGUGGAGGAGGCUGUGGCUGCGGGCCCAGUCCUUAAUGCACAUGGGAGCUGUGCAGGGUUGGGCGUCUGCAGCCCGGAGUGGCCCUGCUUAGGGCUGGGGGCUCAGAGGGAUGGGUGACCAAACAGCUGGAAACAGGCAGGGCCAAACUCAGAGGUUGGCAGCUCCAGCAGCAGAACCCAAGGGUUCGCAGGCUAACAGGAUGGUAGUGCAGAGCACGGACCAGGCUCACGACCGUCCCUUGUUGUGUGGCCAGGUCAAGCUCUGCCCUGUGCUCCUGCAGCUCACCAGACUGCCUGAAUCUGGGGCCUCACCUCCUCCAGGCUGUGGGCUCUCGUCUCAGCUGUGCUAGAGAGGCCCUUGUAAGCCCCCUAUGUGUACUUGCCAAGUGGGGCAGCCCACACGAGGAUGCCUGUUUGCUUUUGUCAGCACCGUGUACUGCCCUGCUCUAGGGCCAGUGCUUUCCCUAUGAACCUUUUGCCUCUCACCGUGGGCUCGUUGGGAUGGGUUAGGCAGGCAGAAAACGAUGGCUCCAGGUCUCCUGUACAGGAGCUGUUACACUUCAAAGCCAGAAACUCUGAUCUCUGGACUUCCAGAGGCACACAGCGCUGAGGGACUGAAAUGGCUUCUGACCAAAGACGCAUGGUGAGCGAAGGUGAUGUCACAGCCUUCAGUGUACACCUGCACAACUACACUACCAGCGAGCUGAGGCGGCUGAGUGAAUACUUCCUCCCGGAUUUAGUCUACAUCAUUGAGAACGAUGUUCGCGCUGUGCUGCAGGAGCUUUCCAGCAGAAAUGUCCUCAUGGCAUGGCAGGCCCAGAGCUACGCUGCCUGGGAGAAGGACCAUGAUGCUGCCAGUGCUGCAGAGAAGCUGGUGGCUGAUAUUCUGACUCAGGGCCAGGACGCAGGGCUGGGACUCUGGAAAUGCCUCUAUGCACUGCAGAGCCGGUGGUCGCACCCUAACCUCCAUGGGAUGGUGGAUGAAAUCCUUGAGAAUGGCCACAACCUGCUAAACGAAAUUCUCUUGAAUGAAUAUGGCUAUGUCCUGGACCCGGAGCUGACAGCUUGCCAGGAAGCACACAAAGCCCAGCUCCGUGAGAUGACAGGAGAUCUGAAGGAAAACGCAGCCCCAGGGCUCUCACAAGGACCGCAAAGCUUCCCCAUCUCCAGCCGCUAUGUGGAGAUAAAGGUGAUCUCAGACAGGGACUUCAAGAAGCAGAUUCACCACGAGCACGAGGCGCUGGCAGCAGCUGGGGAGCUGAAUGAGUAUCGUCUCCAGAGGAGAACGAGGACAGCGCUGGAGCGCAUCACACCUGAUCGGCUCUUCCGCUGGUGCCCCCGGUCCCGGCGUGUGCCCCUGUCUGUCAUGGUGAGCGGGGUGGCCGGUGUGGGCAAGACCACUCUGGUGCAGAAGUUUGUCUUUGACUGGGCCACAGGCAAGCACUACCAGAAAUUCGCCUUCGUUUUCUUCUUCAAGUUCCGGGACCUGAUGGAGGAGAAGGUGAGUCUGGAAUCGCUGCUCUGUAAAACAUACCCGAGGCUCCGAGCACAGCUUGGGAAAGUGCUGGGAGACCCAGAGAAGCUGCUUUUCAUCUUUGAUGGCUUGGAUGAGAGUAAAGGAGGCUUGAAGUUAACUGGAAGUGGGUCCGAUGAGCUGUGCAGGACGUUGGGAGAUAUAAAACCAGCCUGGGUGCUCGUUGCCAGCCUGCUGAGACAGACUUUGCUGAAAGGGUGCUCUGUGCUACUAACCAGCCGUCCCCAAAAUCUGGCCAGCUUGGGGACAGGAGUCUUCCAGAGAGUGGCCAGUAUUGUGGGCUUCCUUGCGAAAGAGAGGGAGCGGUACUUCUCCAUGUUCUUUGGAGAUGAGAAAGUUUCCCAGGAGGCAUUCAGGUAUGUGAGAGACAGCCAGGUCCUGUACACGCUGUGCUACAACCCUUCCUACUGCUGGAUCACGUGCACAGCACUGAAGCCCUGCUUCGCAACCAGGGACGGGAAACCACCUCCAGCCCCAAAAACAGUGACCCAGCUCUUUAUGUGCUACAUCACCCACAUCUUGGCCAACCACAGCCUGGAGCAGCCGAAGCUUCAAGUGAUGCGAGAUGCCUUGACGCAGGUUGGCUGGCUGGCAGACUACGGCAUCACAAACCGCAUCCUCGUCUUUGAUGACAACUACAUGCAGGCCUUCAAUGUGAAGUUCUACCCAUUCCUUACGGGCUUCCUGGCAGAGAACCCUAAAAGCCAGGCCCCUUCCCUGGUGACCUACUCCUUCCUUCACCUCACGGUGCAGGAGUUUCUUGCUGCCCUUGUGUACUACCUGGAUUACAACAAGGACAACUUAGUGGACAUGCUGGCUAGGGCCAGAGCUUGCAAAGAAGGGACAUACGAGAUCUUUCUUCGCUUCUUGACUGGGCUCUGCCACCCUGCCACCAGGGCUCCCUUGGAGAGAUUCCUGGGGAAACUGUCUGCAGACGCAGCUCAUCACGUCAUCACGUGGCUCAGUGAGUUCAACUGCCAGGCGGUGCAGAACUCAGCAGGGCCCGUGGGGCAGAGGAAGCUGAUGAAUGUGUUCACUUUGCUCUUUGAGUCCCGGAACAGGCAGCUGGUGUGUGAUGUGCUCGGCCUCAAUGUCUGCCUGGACUUCACCAAGUUCCACCUCAUGCUGGUGGAUUGCACAGUUCUUGGUUACAUCUUGAGCUGCUGUGAGGAGGUGGAGCGCCUCACCCUUAAUGCCUGCUUCAUCCAGGACGCAGGUCUGGAGCAGCUCGGACCCGAGCUGCACAAGGUCAGGGAGCUCAGCCUCGUGGAUAAUGACCUGAAGGAUCCUUCAAUGAAGGUGAUUUGCGGUGCUCUGAAGUGGCCAGAUUGCAGGAUGGAGGCUUUGAGCCUCAAGGACAAUGCCUUCACCAGUGACUGCUGUGAAGACCUGGCCUUUGCUCUUAAGGAGAACCAGAGCCUGUUGAGCCUUGACCUUGGAAAAAACAAAGUGCUGGACAGUGGCCUUUCCUACCUGUGCCAGGCAUUUGAGGACCCACACUGCAGGAUGCAGAAGUUGCUCCUCCAGGGAACUGGUUUAUCCAACUUCUCCUGCCAGAUACUGUCCUAUGCUCUGGCCACGAAUACCAGCCUGCAGCACCUGAACCUGAGUUCCAAUAUGUUCACGGAUGAAUGUGCUGAAGAGAUGAGGCAACUUAUCCUGACCUGCCCCUACCUCAAGGAGAUCAGGCUGGGCUUCUGUGACUUUACCCCAGCGAUGGAAGAACAUCUGAAAAAGCUUGCAGUUGAAGGGGUGAAGAUUUCCUUUUAAAGUGCACCGUGUUGGGCAGCAGGACAGUGUUUUCCCCUCAGUGACGGCAGGGCUGGUCAGACAGAUGAACCUGGGGAUGUCUGCUGCAGUGAUUCAUGAGCAGUCACGGGGCCUAAUGGGAAGCUGCAGACAAGUACUGUUCCCUCCGGCACUGCCUUACCCCUGCCCCGAGAAUGAGAAGUGUGCCUCUGGAUGGAUCAGAGCUUGAUUCGUACCAGGUUGAAUCAUACUAGCUCUGGGCUUGUUUGCCUAGAGCUCCACAUUGGUUUAGCCCGUAAGCCCACCUCACAUGGCUGUGCUGUCUUUGGUGAUGGCCGAAGAUCUGCAGAAUCUUUCUGCUCCUACAUUACAUGAAGGAGUUGCACUUGAUCAGUGGCUUUGACUUCUUGGUGAUGCUUUUCUCCUUGGUCACUGCUGGCUUCGUAAUCACGGGUCUCAGCCAUCACUACCUUUUGAGACACUACGUUCACAAUGAUCAUUGGCAGAGAUCCUGUACAGUGCAUCCCAGCAGUGGUUCUGAAUCUUCAUGGGCAUUCUUCAUGGAUGUUUUAGAGCUGAUGAUAAAGAUUUUCUAAAGUCAGAUUCCAAGUGUGUGGUCUGUGUCCACCUGUAUCUCCUCCCACACGAUAGCUGCACUGAACACGCACCAGCACAGGGGCUGGGCAGCCCUAGUCUAUUGUAGGCCUUUCAUUGAGCUAGAGUCUGUUUAGCUUGCAUUCUAGUAGCUUCAGCAGGCUUUUAGCUGCAUUAAUUUUAAGUUACCCCAAGUUAGCUUAAGUGAGACUAAGCAAAGUAGUAUAAAAAGAACUGAGUCACUCACAAGAGAAACUUGUUGGGCUAUCAGCCAGUCUUAGGACUUCUAAUCCUGAUAAAAGGAAUUAGGUGUGUCUAUACCAGGGGAGGGCAAAAUACGGCCUGCAGGCCAGAGUGGGCCAUGGCCUGCCAGGCACUUCCAUCCAGCUUGUGGUGCCCCCCAACAAAUUGUGCCCUGCUCAGCCCUUCCCCCCUGCAAGGCUGGAAGCAAGACACCCACGUAUGCACCCCCCAAAAUACCCUAUUGCACCUCACUCCUGCCCUGCUGGGUGGAAGGGCCCUGCCCAACCAGCAGCAGCUUCCAGGGGGGCUCCUGCUGCAGCCCCCCCAUGGCAACCUGCUUGGCUUCCUGGAAGUCAGCUUGCUUGGGGCAGCAGGUAGGGAAGCAGCGGGGCUGGUGAGGGUGUGGAGUUGCAGCUGGGUGGAAGUGCAGAGCACAGUGUGGUGCCUGUGCCCUGGGGGGCAGCGUGAGUUCAGAGCUCAACUGGGCAGAGUGUGGGUGUGAGGGUGGGGGGCUUCUCCGAGGCAAGUCCAGAGCUGCAGGCACAUGGUGCGGAUCCCCGGGGAUAGAGGCGGCCAGGCUCCUGACCUCCUUCCUGCUGCUGCUGCCAGUCAGUGGGCGCUUCAUGCCAUGGGGGGAGUGUGUUGGGGGUCCCCACACCUCACACCCUCCCUCACACCCCACACACCCACAGCCUAUCCCCACAACCCCCGUCAACAUAUACAUAUACUCCAACUUGCCCUAUGUCACCCUACACAGCCACACCCUGUCAUAACCUCCCCACAUGCUCCCACACCCCCCCCACCCCCAGCCACACUCCACCAUACACACACACACAAUAUAAAGGAGUAGCACUUUAUUUUUGAGUUA